UAUUUUCGAGAAAGCGCCGAACCCAGCCGAACCGCGCCGAACGAUAGAACGUAGCAGAAUGUGAGAGGUGCACAGCUGAUUUUGAAAGUUGUUUUUACACAUUUUCGAUGACAAUAAUAAUGUUGGUUGUCGACGACGUUUCGCGAUCAAGUGUCACCGCGCAGAUGCAUAGGCUCCCGGAGAUGAUUUGAUCGAGACCCGUCUUUUCGCAUCGACCGACGCCCGCCCGGACCAAGCAAGUUAGACCGCAAGCAGGUGGAAUAUCGCGCGUGUGUCAUUGUUUUGUCGGUUGUUCAGGACACUAGUCGAGAUCGUGCGAGCAUCAAAAGUGAGUCAUGAAUCAAAGACAUUAAAAAUCCUUCCGUUCGCGUGAACACAUUCGCGGGGCAUGUCUCCAAAGUAGAUUCGAUGGCCGUAUAUUUUUGUCGGCAAUUGGAUCUAACCUUUCCUUUGUUCAGGCAAGUUCAUUUUAUUUAUACAUUAUCAUUGAUUUUGCGACAGCCAAUUAUUAUGCACUCGUCCUUAUUGUCCUCGCACGUUUAGUGUGCUGCUUCUGAUCAAAUCUUGUGCAAUAGUAUCUCGGAAUAGUAAGAGUGCUGAGUAUGGCGCAAGAAGACCCAAAUAAGUUAACAAGAGAAGAUUUUGAUGCCGGCCCAUGCAGCUUUGAUGAGAUCGAGCCGGGCUUGUUCCUGGGUAAUCUCACGGCCGCUACAGACGUCGACUGGCUGAAGGAAGCUGGAAUAACUCACAUACUAACAAUAGACUCUUGUCCGUUGCCAAGAAAGAUUCAGGAACGUCUUCCGAAUUUAAUCAUAAAGUACAUUCAGAUGACAGAUAUGCCGCGGGAGGAUCUGCUAACGCACUUUGAAGAUUCCUACGAGUUCAUCGACCGUGCCCUCGAUUCCGAGGGCAGGGUACUGGUGCACUGUUACUUUGGUGUAUCACGCUCCGUCACUGUGGUGAUCGCAUACAUCAUGAAGAAGCACGGGUUGAGUUUCGCGGAUGCGCUCGAAGGGGUGAGGUCAAAGCGCCGCUUUGUCGCGCCGAAUCCCGGCUUCAUGGCGCAAUUGCGACUUUACGAGCACAUGGACUGCGGCGUCGAUAGCACCAACGUGCAGUUCAAGAUGUAUCGGUUACAGAUUGCCGCCGACAAGGUACGCAAGGCUCGCAUUCUUCCUCAGAGCUGCGUCGACUUGGUGAAGCCAGAUCCCGCAUUGACAACCGUACGUCCUGAACCGUCGGUCUACCGUUGCAAGAAGUGUCGUCGCAUCGUGGCGAGCGCCAGCAAUAUCUUACCUCAUGCGCCACGCGAGAAGCAGAUCUGGCGGCAUAUCAGUUCGAAGGAUAGCGAGAACUGUGAUAAACUGAUCCAGCGGAAAGACGAGUCGGCGCGAGUUGAAUUCUGCGACAAGAUCUACUUUGUAGAACCGUUGGCCUGGAUGCCCGAUAUUACGCACAACGUCGAAGGUAAAUUGAAUUGCCCUAAAUGUAACACGAAACUCGGUUCGUACAGCUGGAUCGCCGGCAGUCAGUGUCCCUGCGGUAGUAAGAUCGCACCGGCUUUUUAUCUGGUGCCGUCCAAACUCGACUGGAGUAACGUUGUGCAGAAUGUUCAAGUAACGGUAUAGUAUUGAGAGAGAGAGAGAGAGAGAAAGAGAGAGAGAGAGAGAGAGAGAGAGAGGGGGGAGGGCAUGGAGUAAAAAAUAUAUCGGAGUAAGAAAUAUAUUAAAGCAAUCAACUUUAUAUAAAUUUGUGAAGAAAUUUUCCAAGGAGAAAGAAAUUUUCCAAGAUUGUCAAGAUACUUACCAAGGUAACACAAAAAUAAAGAAAGAUAUAUUGUUGAAAGUGCGUCGAAUACUUUGUAGACGCCAUAACGUUUUGGAUACGUUCGAGGUAUCCUUUUGAUGUUUUUUAAAUGUUUGUCUUGUUAAAUUAUAUCCUUAUGGUCCAAAAUGAUUGACGUAGUCAUAUUGACAUUUAACCCUCGGCAGGUAAUAUAUCUUGUUAAGCUGUUGAACUUUAGGUCUAAAUCAUUCCAUGUAAAAUAUCGUCCAAAUAAAAAAAAAAUCUAUUAAAAAGAGAAUUUUAAUAAAAAAUUCUAAUCAUAUCACUUUAUAAAUGUGAGGUCUUGCAUUAUUUACACUUCACCUAAUUCCACCCACAUUUUGUGCCAAAAUUUAAAAAGCUCCAUAGUAUCUGCUGAGGGUUGAGAAAAUGCAUUUUAAGAGUGAGACAAGAUACGAUUACAAUCAAUAUGUACGUCGGUUGACUAUAUUCUAAUCCUGUGCCAAUAUAUAUUUCGAUAUGUGUACAUAUAUAUACAUGUAUUUGUUACAUAUAUCUGUAUGUUGUGUACUCUUUUCUGACUUUAUAUAUAUAUCGAGAAAACAUACCCAAAGAUAAUCUCCGAUCUCAAUGUUUUUAUUGCACACGACGUUGUCUUUAUCAAUACCGUCUACAUAUAUCUAUGUAAGGCCAUAACUUCGUGUAGAAUACCGUAUUCUG